GCGGUCAACAGAUGGCGAAUCAAAGCUUCAAACGGCAGGUUCGACCGUUCAUCUCAUCCGUAAAAAAAGCAAAAGAACACUAAGAAUAAUAAGUAAAUAAUCGAAGAAAAAGUAUAUCUUAAUUUUUGGUGUGUAUUGUGUUGAUCGCCGUUUUGACGGUUUUGUAAAAUGCAAAACACGAACGCAGCUACAGGAAGACCUCCCUUUCCUUCUCCGGGGAGUUCUAUGCGGUUCAACUCUCCAAAUUACCCUCGCCCGGCAUUCAAUCAAAUUCAAAACCCUCCAAACUCUACUUCUUCAGCAAGUCCUACAAUGAUGGGUCAAAGACCAAACAUGAUUGGGAAUCCAACACCUCCAAAUUCCUAUAGUGGACAGCCUGUAAGGCCUGGUGGUCCCGGAAUGAGCCCCCAAGCUUUGGGACCAGGGAAGAGACCUGGUGACAUGAGAGCUCCUAAUCAAACAGGAAAACUUGAAUAUGGCCCUAACAGUGCAAAGAAAAAGAAAAAGCUUGCAGACAAGAUUCUUCCACAGAAAGUUCGAGAUUUGGUUCCUGAAUCUCAAGCUUACAUGGAUUUAUUGGCAUUUGAAAGAAAAUUGGAUGCCACUAUUAUGAGAAAACGUCUCGAUAUUCAAGAAGCUUUGAAAAGACCCAUGAAACAAAAACGAAAAUUGCGUAUUUUCAUCUCAAACACAUUCUACCCUGCUAGAGAAAUGGAUAAUACUGAAGAUGUUGGCGGAGGAAGCGGGGUUGCUUCUUGGGAACUGAGAGUAGAAGGACGACUUCUGGAUGAUGCUGCCAAAUCAGAUCCCAAUAAAGUCAAACGGAAGUUUUCUUCGUUUUUCAAAUCUCUCGUCAUUGAGCUUGAUAAAGACUUGUAUGGGCCUGAUAACCACCUUGUGGAAUGGCAUCGAACGUCUACUACUCAAGAAACGGAUGGGUUUCAAGUAAAACGACCAGGAGAUCGAAAUGUACGGUGUACCAUCUUACUUUUGCUCGACUAUCAACCGCUGCAAUUUCGUCUCGACUCGCGUUUGGCUCGUCUUCUUGGCAUUCACACUCAAACAAGACCCAUGGUAAUCUCUGCAUUGUGGCAGUACAUUAAAACUCACAAACUUCAGGAUCACCAAGAAAGAGAAUUCAUUCGUUGUGACAAAUAUAUGGAACAAAUAUUUGGAUGUCCUAGAAUGAAAUUUGCUGAAAUUCCACAAAGAUUGAAUCCUCUCUUACAUCCCCCUGAUCCAAUUGUUAUCAACCAUUUGAUAAGCAGUGUGGAGAGUGCAGAUCAGAAAAAAACUGCCUGCUAUGACAUUGAUGUAGAAGUUGAUGAUACAUUGAAAGCCCAGAUGAAUAAUUUUUUGCUUUCUACUGCAAGCCAGCAAGAAAUUCAGAGCUUAGACAACAAGAUCCACGAAACGGUUGAAAGCAUUAAUCAACUGAAGAUCAGUCGAGAAUUUUUCCUUGGAUUUGCCCGAGAUCCGCAGCAAUUCAUAAACAAAUGGCUUUUAUCUCAAACAAGGGAUUUGAAGACUAUGACUGACAUCGUAGGAAAUCCCGAAGAGGAGCGACGUGGAGAGUUUUACGAGCAAAGCUGGACCCAAGAAGCCGUUUGCCGAUAUUUUUACAGCAAAGUUCAACAAAAGCGUGCCGAAUUGGAACAGGCAUUAGGCAUUCGUAACAAUUAGAAUGUUACUACUAAGGAAAACAACUUUUGGUUGGACAUCGUUUAUGUAAGCCAACUGUGACCAAGUGACCGCAGAUUAAAAGAAAAAUCCGAGUUGCUUAUCGUGCAUUUGCAGACUGGUAAAAUAACAAGGAAACUUUUAACUUUCUUCGAGUAUCGUGAAUCCUAAUUUGGGUCUAAAUACAUGGUGUCUUAAAAUAA